AUGGCAACAAAUGCCAAGGGUGGAAGAGAAAUGAGCGUACCAUCGGGAUUAACUGGUGAGAGGAGUAAAGCCCAGAAUGGCGAAAACCAAGUUCUCGUCGACUUUUACCGUUGCAAUGAGUAUUGGGGCUAUGAGGGUAAUGAGUGCACAAAGCACGGCGAGGGUCUGAACUUGGACUCGAGAGAUGAGGAAGGCUGUUGCGAUGUUCACGGAUACUCCCAUUAUAACAUGGGGGAGGAAUCUGAUGGAACUGCUUAA